UACGACUUUGUCGUUGAGAAUCAGCGCGGUAUGACGCUCUUCGGGAUCCCAAUGUUCUCCAAACACUCAUUGCUUGAGCCUUUAGACCCACCCAGCUACCAGUCGGUCAAUACCAACAACGAUGUUCUCCAGGGGUACCAUCGGGCCAUCUUGGAACUUUACCCACUCCCGGACCUCCUCUGGGACUGGGCCUGGGACAGCUGGUGCAUCUUGAUGAACAACGACGUGGAUGACCAGGGAUGGAUCUAUCUGCGAUUCUUUUUCCAGUCGUCACUGUGGCACGGCAAGUCCAAGCUCGGGAACUUUGUCCGGCGAAGGAUCUGGGUCCGACUUCGUGUAAAA